ACGGCGGCGGUGGCGGCGGCGGUGGUCGGUGCGGGAGGAGGGAGGGGAGCUCGCGGGCCGGAGAGGGGGCGACGACGGUGGCGGUGGCCUGAAGAGGCCCGGGCGGCGGCGGCGGCAGCCGAGGCGGAUCCUUCUCACCUCAGUGUUCCAGGCAGCCACUACCGAUCGAUUGAAGUUAGCCUGUGAGGGAUCGACAGCCAGGCCAGUUUGCUCUGUUCAGGUGACCCAUGAGGAUCUGUGAGGAGCCUGGAGAGGCGUGGCUGGAUCAAGACCUCCCCCGAUGUGAGCAGGUGUCCUCUUCCCUGCAUCACCCAUUGCCACUACGCCAGGGAACAUCCUCAAGCCCUGGCCCUCAGGGUAGAGGUAACAGGAGCCCGGAGCCGAGACCAUGUGACGGCGCUGGCCCUCGCCACCGCCGUCCCCCCCACCCUGGCCCCAGGCCCGGCACCAUGAUGUUCCGAGACCAGGUGGGCAUCCUCGCUGGCUGGUUCAAGGGCUGGAAUGAGUGUGAACAGACAGUGGCCCUGCUGUCACUUCUGAAGCGAGUCACCCGCACCCAGGCUCGCUUCCUGCAGCUCUGCCUGGAGCACUCACUGGCGGACUGCAAUGACAUUCACCUGCUGGAGUCGGAGGCCAACAGUGCUGCCAUCGUCAGCCAGUGGCAGCAGGAGUCCAAAGAGAAGGUGGUGUCCCUCCUGCUGUCCCACCUACCCCUGCUUCAGCCGGGCAACACGGAGGCCAAGUCGGAGUACAUGAGGCUGCUGCAGAAAGUGCUGGCCUACUCGAUCGAGAGCAAUGCCUUCAUCGAGGAGAGCCGCCAGCUGCUUUCCUAUGCCCUCAUCCACCCGGCCACCACACUGGAGGACCGCAAUGCACUGGCCCUCUGGCUCAGCCACUUGGAAGAGCGGCUAGCUAGCGGCUUCCGCACCCGACCUGAGCCCACCUACCACUCUCGCCAGGGCUCGGAUGAGUGGGGUGGCCCUGCAGAGCUGGGCCCUGGGGAUGCAGGGCCAGCCUGGCAGGACAAGCCACCCCGGGAAAAUGGACAUGUGCCCUUCCACCCACCCAGCUCAGUGCCGCCAGCCAUCAACAGUAUUGGGAGCAACACAAAUGCAGGUCUCCCCUGCCAAAUCCACCCCAGCCCGCUGAAGCGCUCCAUGUCGCUCAUCCCCACAAGCCCCCAGGCCCCUGGUGAGUGGCCGAGUCCAGAGGAGCUUGGGGCCCGGGCUGCUUUCACCACGCCCGACCACGCACCCCUGUCACCCCAGAGCAGCGUGGCCUCCUCUGGCAGUGAACAGACGGAGGAGCAGGGCUCCAGCCGGAACACUUUCCAGGAGGACGGCAGUGGCAUGAAAGACGUGCCCUCGUGGCUCAAGAGCCUCCGCUUGCACAAGUACGCAGCCCUCUUCUCACAGAUGAGCUAUGAAGAGAUGAUGACACUGACUGAACAGCACUUGGAGUCUCAGAAUGUCACCAAAGGUGCCCGCCACAAGAUAGCCCUGAGCAUCCAGAAGCUGCGCGAAAGGCAGAGUGUCCUCAAAUCCCUGGAGAAGGAUGUGCUGGAAGGCGGAAAUCUGCGAAAUGCUUUGCAGGAGCUGCAGCAGAUCAUCAUCACCCCCAUCAAGGCCUACAGUGUCCUCCAGGCCACUGUGGCCGCCGCCGCCGCCACCACCUCUACUGCCAAGGAUGGGGGCCGGGGGGAGCCACCACUGCCAGGUCCUGAGCCUCCCCUGGCUCACCCUGGCACAGACAAGGGCAGUGAGACCAAUGACCCUCCAGCUGCAGAGAGCUACCCCCCUCCACCAGCUCCGGCUCCCACUGAUGGCAGUGAGCCAGCCCCGGCUCCCGUCGCUGACGGAGACAUCCCCAGCCAGUUUACACGGGUGAUGGGCAAAGUGUGCACCCAGCUGCUGGUGUCCCGACCAGACGAGGAGAACAUCACCAGUUACCUCCAGCUCAUCGAAAAGUGCCUGUCUCAUGAGGCUUUCACGGAGACACAGAAGAAACGACUGCUGUCCUGGAAACAGCAAGUGCUGAAGCUCCUCCGGACCUUCCCGCGCAAAGCUGCACUAGAGAUGCAAAACUACAGGCAGCAGAAAGGCUGGGCGUUUGGCUCGAACUCACUCCCCAUAGCUGGUUCUGUGGGGAUGGGGGUGGCCCGGCGGACCCAGCGGCAGUUCCCAAUGCCUCCCCGGGCCCUUCCGCCUGGCAGGAUGGGCCUUCUGAGCCCUUCGGGCAUUGGGGGCAUCUCCCCUCGACAUGCCCUCACCAGCCCCAGCCUUGGGGGCCAGGGCCGACAGAACCUGUGGUUCGCCAACCCCGGAGGCAGCAACAGCAUGCCCAGCCAGAGCCGCAGCUCUGUGCAGCGCACCCACUCGCUCCCGGUCCACUCGUCACCCCAGGCCAUUCUCAUGUUCCCUCCAGACUGCCCGGUCCCUGGGCCUGACCUGGAGAUCAAUCCCACUCUGGAGUCUCUGUGUCUGAGCAUGACAGAACACGCCUUGGGUGAUGGGACAGACAAAACCUCCACCAUCUGACGGGACCCACAGCCCAGCGCACCCAUAGGCUCCCCGGGCGGCGGGCGGGGGCCAACCCCCAACGGGCUUCUCCGCGACAGCGAGAGGGUGGGCUGGCUCAGCUAUACAUUCUAAUAUUUUUCUACUCUCUCACCCUUUUAACUUUUGUUUAACAUUGGCACACGCCUUGCUCACUCCCAGGCCCGUCGAGGGAUCUCUGCUAAGGCCCAGGGAGGUAGGGGGCAGCAAGGAUAAAGGGGGCAGGGACUGGCCAGCCUGCCUGCCCCCUCCUUCCCUCCUUCACCCCCAACCUGGCCCUGUCCCACCCCUGCCUCCUCUAGACUGCCGGCCACCUGCCCCUCCCAAGGAAAAAGUCUCCCCCAGACUCACUAACCCACUCUCUUGUGGGGCCUGCUCAGAACCAUCUGACAUUUGGGGAGACAUGAGUGGGGUAGAUAAUCUGCUCUCCUGAAUGUUAUUUGAGAGGAGCUGAGGAGAUAAAGGCGGGUGAGGAGA